CAGAAAUACCCAUCCUCAUUAACUAUGUGAUCAGGAAGCCCCAGACAGCCGCGCACUGGUUGCCUCCUCACCGAACAGGUGCUGCAGCCUCAGCAGCGCUCGCCGGCUCGCUCUCAGUCUCUGCUCUUCCUCUCGCCUCCGAAGCUUUGGCUACAGUUCAGCUCCUCCCCCGCGUGGUGGCUCACUUGAUCAAAUCCUUGAACGUGCACAGUUUCCCUGAAAAGCACUUUUUUAAAAAAACCGAGACUACAGCAGAUACGGCAACAACCUCCCAACUUCCAGGGAGUUGAGCUCUCUCGGUAAAACACGAGCAAGCAUCAACUGCAAAGAGAAGACCUUCCGAUUUUUUGCAGCGAUGGAAAGAGGAGCAUUGGCUCGCUGGACCUGGCUUCUGAUUUUCGUUUCUUUGCCGUGUAUUACUAGCGCUGAUAUAACUUGCACAGCGUGCCCGUCUCCGAUAGCGCUGCGUCGGGGGGGAUUACGGAUGGACUUGCGGAUGGAUGUCUGGGAGCCAGGGAAAGCGUUUCCAAAAGCUUGGGGGUCCCCACAAAAGAUAUCUAGUGGCCGGGCUUCUCGUUUAACACCUACCUCGGGUGAUGAUGCGGAUGAUGCUGCCCAGGUCGUAACGCAGCAGGGCACAGCUGAGAUGAUGCCCCUUGCAGCGGAGGGUGAGCUCCAUGACAAAGUGUCAGAUCCCGGUUUAGCGGACGAAACCCCCUCGGCUCAAAGCGACAGUGUUAGCCUGUCGAUCAAAACAAAGGACCAAGAGCAGGUUGGAGAGAACAAAGAUUUUAAACGUAAGAAACUUUUUGUAACCGAAACCUCGAAAUUUGGAAAGGACACCGAGCAGCGGAGAUUAAAAAGGAGCAGCCCCGAGAAUGGCGAUUGGAGCGAGAGUUUACUGGAUGGAAAGCAGUCGGAUACCAGAAAAAUUAGCAAUCCUUCUCUAGACGGUCAGAGGAUGAGUAGAACCGAGGGGAAAUGGACCAGGGAAGACGGAAAAGUGACCCUUCCUAAGCACGAGGAGCUGAAAGUCGUCAGCAGCACCUUCGCCCUCACCGGGGAUUCGGCUCACAACCAAGCCAUGGUGCUCUGGUCUGGCCAUAACAGCAGUGUGAUUCUAAUCCUGACAAAGUUAUAUGACUUUAACCUUGCGAGUGUAACAGAGAGCUCAUUGUGGAGAUCUACCGACUAUGGGACCACAUAUGAAAAACUGAAUGAUAAGGUUGGAUUUAAAACUGUGCUGAGUUACCUGUACGUCAGCCCGAUAAAUAAAAGAAAGAUAAUGCUCCUAAGUGAUCCGGAGAUUGAAAGCAGUGUGCUCAUCAGCUCAGAUGAAGGAGCCAACUAUCAGAAAUUUCGUUUGAACUUCUACAUUCUUAGUCUGCUGUUUCAUCCCCGACAUGAAGACUGGAUACUGGCUUACAGCCAUGACCAAAAGCUGUACAGCUCAUUGGAUUUUGGAAGAAAAUGGCAACUUGUACAUGAAAAUGUCACUCCGAACAGAUUUUACUGGUCAGUAAUCGGCUUAGACAAGGAGUCAGAUCUUAUACAUAUGGAGGCACGCACCACUGAUGGAUAUGUCCAGUAUAUUACUUGUCGAAUUCAUGACUGCACUGAACUUAACAGAAACCAGCCUUUCCCAGGAUACAUUGAUUCAAAUUCCCUAGUUGUACAAGAUGAUUAUGUCUUUUUACAGGUUACUACUGGUGGAAGAGCCAGUUACUACGUCUCCUAUCGUAGAGAGGCAUUUGCUCGUAUUAAAGUACCUAAAUAUUCACUCCCCAAGGACAUGCACAUUAUUAGUACAGAUGAGAAUCAAGUCUUUGCAGCUGUCCAAGAAUGGAAUCAGAAUGAUACGUAUAACCUUUACACGUCAGACCCCCGUGGCAUUUACUUCACUUUAGCUCUGGAAAAUGUGAAGACCAGCAGAGGAGUAGAAGGGAAUAUCAUGAUUGACCUCUAUGAGGUAGCAGGGAUCAAAGGAAUUUUAAUUGCAAACAGAAAGCUUGACAAUCAAGUGAAGACUUACAUCACAUACAACAAAGGACGAGACUGGCGUUUGCUACAAGCCCCUGCCACAGACCUGAUGGGUAAUGACAUUUAUUGCAUCCUGCCAUUUUGCUCCCUACAUCUGCACUUGCAGGCUUCAGAAAAUCCAUACACGUCUGGAAGCAUAUCUAGUAAAGAAUCUGCUCCUGGGAUUAUAGUAGCUACUGGCAAUAUUGGUUCCGAGCUUUCCUUUAAUGAUGUUGGUAUGUUUAUAUCGGCAGACUCUGGAAACAACUGGAGACAGAUAUUUGAAGAGGAAUAUAGUGUCUGGUUUCUGGAUAAGGGUGGUGCUCUUGUUGCCGUAAAACAGGCUUCAGUACCCAUUAGGCAUAUAUGGAUCAGUUUUGAUGAAGGGAAACAGUGGAGUAAAUACAGCUUUACCCUGAUCCCACUCUUUGUCGACGGAGUACUAGUGGAGCCUGGGACUGAAAAUCAAAUAAUGACGUUUUUUGGACAUUUCAGUCAUCGAUCUGAAUGGCAACUUGUCAAAGUCGACUACAAAUCUAUUUUUGGGAGAGGAUGCACAGAAGGGGACUAUCAGACCUGGCAGCUGCAUAACCAGGGUGAUCCUUGUGUAAUGGGAAAAAAGCAAAUCUAUAUGAAACGCAGGCCUGGAAACCGCUGUAUGCUUGGAAAGGAUUAUUCAAGAAUUUUAUCAUCUGAAUCUUGUAUUUGUACAGCAGCUGAUUUCGAAUGUGAUUAUGGUUUUGAACGACGGUCCGAUGGAAAGUGCUUUCCAGCCUUCUGGUUUAAUCCAACUAUGGCCUCCCGCAGCUGCAGCCUUGGGCAGAAUUUCUUCAACAGCACUGGGUAUCGAAAGGUGGUAUCCAAUAACUGCACAGCUGGAGUGAAGGAGCUCUACACAGCCAGAAAGCAGCAGUGUCCCAGCCGUGCCCCUCAAGGCCUUCAUCUUGUUACCAGUGAUGGCAAACUGACAGCUGCCCAAGGGAGUAAUGUCACAUUCCUUGUUUUUCUGGAAGAAGGUGAUUCUCUGAGGACAAACAUCCAGCUAGACUUUGGAGACGGCAUUGCAGUGUCAUAUUCUAACCUGAGUUUGAUGGAGGAAGGAAUUAAACAUAUUUAUAAAUCUGCUGGAAUAUAUCGGGUGUCUUCUGUCGCAGAAAACAGUUUGGGGGCUGAAACAUCUGUUCUGCACUUACACAUAACAUGUCCAGUGGAACACAUCCAUCUGUCAGUACCCUUUGUGGCCAUCAAGAAUAAGGAAGUGAAUCUUACAGCUGUGGUCUGGCCCAAUCGCUCCAGAACGAUUACAUAUUUUUGGUGGUUUGGAAACAACACUGAGCCUCUCAUCACUUUGGAUGGAAGUAUAUCUCAUAUUUUUACCACAGAGGGAAUGAAUACAGUCACUGUGCAAAUCUCUGCUGGAAAUGUCAUUCUGCAGGAUACAAAAGCAGUAGCAGUGCAUGAAUUCUUCAAAUCCUUACUGCUGUCGUUUUCUCCAAACCUUGAUGAAUACAACCCUGAUAUCCCAGAAUGGAGGCAGGAUGUCAGCAGAGUGAUUAAAGCAGCUUUGGUACAGGUGUCAGAAUUUCCCGAAGAGCGGCUACUGGUUGCUGUUUUCCCUGGUGUGCCCACUGCUGCUGAACUGUUUCUUUUACCACAAAAAAACAUGACUGAAGGGAGGAAGAAAAUUGAAUCAGACUUGGACCAGAUUUCUGAAAUUCUGAUCAGCGCUCUUAACCAAAAUUUAGUGGAGUUUGAACUGAAGCCUGGGGUUCGAGUAAUUGUUUAUAUAACACAGUUGACAUUAGCUCCUCUUGUUGACUCGAGUCCAAGGCACAGUAGUUCUGCCAUGCUGAUGCUGCUUUCUGUGGUGUUUGUGGGUUUAGCUGUUUUUUUAAUCUACAAGUUCAAGAGAAAAAUACCGUGGAUUAAUAUCUAUGCCGAAGUUAAUCAUGAGAAGGAACAGGAAAUGAUCGGCUCUGUCAGCCAAACUGAGAACACACCUAAAAUCACAUUAAGUGAAUUUGCAACUCCCGAAGAACUCAUGGAAAAAGAGGUGGAACCGCGUGUCAUAGGUGGAAUUGCAACAAUUGGUGAGAGUGAAAGCACAAGGGAAAUUCCAAACUGCACUAGCGUUUAAAAAGCUGUGAUGCAACAAUGUGUACAGACAUUUUGGGGAUUAUUUUUUUCCUUUUUUCUAAAAACACAAGUCAGUGUUAAUAGUUUUUAAGGACCUCAUUUAUGAAUAUCCAUGGAACUGACUUUUUCUUAAGAUGCAUCCUUGCCUUUAAAUUUUACUGGCACAAAUGUCACAUCGGGGAACGAGAUUACGGCUUUAGCCCUGCACUAACUCAAGAGCUCACUUCAGUUCUGCAUUUGAUGAAGACAUCCAAGUAGCUCAUUUACU